AUGCAAAAUGUUGGGCGGUCAUUGAUUUUGCAGACAAAGUUUUGUUCAAUAGGUCUCGUAUUUCUGAACAAGUAUUUGCUAAGCAGUGAGUCACUUAAGCUCAAUGCACCGUUGUUUAUAACUUGGUAUCAGUGUUUUGUGACAGUGAUGCUAUGCUAUGUUUUUUGUUAUGUUUCUAAAUUGUGUCCGCCAUUGUUUACAUUUCCAUUCAUGUCUUUUGAUUACCGGAUUUCGAGAGAGGUGUUGCCGCUCUCAUUUAUAUUUGUUGCAAUGAUAGCUACGAAUAAUCUUUGCUUAAAGUAUGUCGGUGUUUCAUUUUAUUAUAUUGGAAGGUCACUUACUACUGUUUUCAAUGUGAUAUGUUCUUACCUGAUUCUGGGACAGUCAACAUCACUGAGAACAAUUAUGUGCUGUGCAAUUAUUAUUGGAGGUUUUUUUCUCGGCGUGGAACAGGAAGAUGUUGCGGGGACCUUAUCUGUUACUGGUGUCAUCUAUGGUGUAGCAGCGUCAAUGUUUGUUGCCCUGAAUGCUAUUUAUACACAGCGAACUCUACCGUCGGUUGGCGAUAGUGUUGCUCAGCUCACUUUGUACAACAAUAUAAAUUCAUUAGUGUUAUUCCUACCUGUCAUGUUCGUUACUGGUGACAUCAGUGAAAUGUUUUAUUUCCGUGGUUUAUCUUCCAUACGAUUCUGGACUUUGAUGACAUUAUCUGGUAUUUUUGGUUUUUUAAUGAGCUAUGUUACUGGAUGGCAAAUCCAGGUUACAUCACCUUUAACACAUAAUAUCAGUGGUACGGCAAAAGCAGCAGCUCAAACCGUUAUUGCAGUUGCAUGGUGGCAAGAGAUAAAACCAUUGCUUUGGUGGGUGAGUAAUGCAAUUGUUCUCGGUGGUUCGGCUGCAUACACAAUGGUUAAACGAAAAGAAAUGGUUGAUAACUAUAACACUAUUAAAUCCAAGUUGAGUGAUAGCAUCGAACGACAAUCUGUACUGCUUGGUUUCACUGACGAGGAUGAGACAGUAUAA